AAUGAAAUGAACAUCUCUAGUGUAAUCCAUGAGGUUGGAGAAAGUCUGGGAUAAAGAGUUAGCAGAAGAAGGAGAACACGAGAAGACAAUGAGCAGAUCUGAAAAAGGUGAAACUAUGAAUUUAUCCACUGCUGAAACACGUGGAUUACACAAACUUGAUUACAAGGAACUAGCCGCCAGAGUGUCUAAUAUGCCAAUUCAUACAAGAAAACAAUUAGCUGAAAGAGAAAAAGACAAAGGGAAUGAAUGCUUUAAAUCAGGUGAUUUUGUUGAAGCAUUGAACUAUUACAAACGUAGUCUUAUCAUCUAUGAAACAAGUGCUGUAUACAAUAAUCGAGCAUUAGUGUACUUACGACAGAAACAAUGGAAUCUAGCAGUGAAUGACUGUACAAAAGUGUUGAAAUCUGAACCGGAUAAUUUAAAAGCUUUAUUUAGACGUGGACAAGCAAAUUAUGAAUUACAUAAUCUAGGAGAGGCUGAAAAAGAUUUAGAAAGACUUACUGAUCAAGAUCCAACAAACUUUAAAGCUCAGGUUUGUUUAAAUUCAUUCUUCUUUGUUGCUUGUUUAAAUAGUUCAGUUUUUUAAUUUGAUUGAAGUUAUAACCACCUUCUGUUAUAUAUUGAUCCAAGAAUACAGUUUCGGCAUUGUGGUAGUGUAUAACUCCGUAGUG